CUUGUUAGGUUGGUAGUAUUUCUUGGUGGCGGAAAAACCGCGUAGAAGUUUAAAGAAUUGUGUUGAUUUAUGUAGUGUAGAUAAUUUUAUGGUUUAGAUUAGUUGCUUUCACAACAUUUAUCAAACAUGCAUUUUGUUCAGAAAUAUCUAGAAAAAAUUCCUAUGCCAUCAAUAAGUACAAAUGCUACUACCGGUAAAAAAACCUCAAACAUUUAUCUAUACUGUAAUUAUUACAGCUUUUAUUCUCAAAAGGUUCUCAUGAGUCUUUACGAAAAAAAUGUUGAUUUUGAGCCAUUGAUUGUGGACAUAACAAAAGGAGAGCAGUAUUCAUCAUGGUUUUUGGAUAUAAAUCCCCGAGGGGAAAUUCCAGUUCUAAAAGUAAAAAAUGAAGUUAUUCCAGAUUCCACAAGAAUUUUAGAUUAUUUGGAAUAUUAUUUAGAUCCAGAAUUAACACCAUUAAUAAAUGUUUCAACAGAUAACAAAGUGAUUGAUAGCAUCAAUAGAUUCCGAGAGAUGUUGGAAGCACUUCCAGGUGGCUUGAUAACAGUGGGCUCAUUCUUUCAUCCUCAUUUAAGUGGCACUCCUAAGUUGCCGUUCAUACUGCCAGUGCGUGAAAUACUGAAAAGUGGUGACUUGGGCAAUUCAACAAAUCUUAGGAAAUUGGCUGAAGAAAAUCCUAAAGCUAAAAGUAUAUUAUUAUACAAAGCUGAGAUACAAGAUCGCAAACAUGAAAUAAUAACAAAUGAAGAAGAGUACACCAAAGUACUAAAAAUUAUAGAUCAAGUUAUGAGCCAAAUUGAAGAACAAUUGAAAAAGCAACCUGAAGGUAACUGGCUGUGCUGUGAAAACUUUAGUAUUGCUGAUAUCAACCUGGCAAUUCUUCUUCAACGUCUAUGGGAACUUGGGUACGAAGACAGAUAUUGGGCAGCCGGAAAACGCCCUUUAAUAGAAAACUAUUACAAUCGUGUCAAACAACGGGAAUCUUUUAAAAAGACAAUACCUAGUUUACCAGUUCAUCUAAAAAUGAUAGUUAUGUCACAGCCACCUUUAUAUCUGGGUGCAGCUGGUGCUGCUUCUGUCGGCGUUAUUUUUGCAAUUGCAUACGUAUUGAAGAAAAUUGUACGUUAAAUAAUUAAUUCUCAAUCGAGUACAUACUAAUCUACAUCGUAAUACAAAGUAAACUAGGUAGAAGUUGUUAUAUUUGUUUCACAUUGUUGGUAAACUACCUUUAUUUACGUAUUACAUAAGAUGUUUUUUUGAUUUGGUAAAUAAGCAAAUAAAGGCGUAAGUAUUAUGUUUUUUAUAUAGGUACCUACCUAUUUACAAAGUUAUAAAUGGAACAAAACAUUCAAUUUUUUUUUCAAUAUUAAACCAUUUAACUAACUCAUUCAGAAUAACAAAGAAAGAUUGAGCAUUGUUAUGAUGCUAGGUAUAUUGGACAAAAAUGGAAUUUGAUUUUGACUAUGAUAGUCAGACUAUCAUAUGUUUUACUAAUGCGAGCAGCAUAAUUAGUAGGUAUAUAAAAAAAUUAACCUAUGACUAUCAUUGUCAGUACAUGUGAUCUGUUUGUAAGAACACAUUCUCUUCAAGAAUUUAAUGUGUAUUUACGUAAAUAAGUGUUAGGUAUUAGAUUGGAAUACAAUGAAACAGUAUUAUUUACCUUUGUUAGAUAUUUAAUAAAAUUAUAACAUGA